GCCAAUCUAGGGAUGAUCUUGCUGAUCAAGGUAAACCCCAGACUUCACACACCCAUGUAUUUUUUCCUGAGCAAUCUGUCUUUCUGUGACAUCUGCUAUUCUUCCACUGUCUCUCCAAAGAUGCUGGCUGAUUUCUUAUCUGAGCAAAAGGAAAUUACACAUGAUUUAUGUGCCAUCCAAAUGUAUUUUUUGGUGCCUUUGCAGAUGUGGAAUGUCUCAUGUUGGCUGUCAUGGCCUAUGAUUGAUAUGUUGCCAUCUGCAAUCCACUUCUUUAUACAAUCGCAAUGUCCAGGAGGAUCUGUACCCAGCUAGUGGCAGUUGCCUACCUUGUAGGCUUGGUAGACUCAGCAAUCCACAUUUGCUUGACAUUUCGAUUGUCCUUCUGCAAUUCAAAUGUCAUCAAUCACUUUUUCUGUGACAACCCACCUUUGCUAGCCCUCUCUUGCUCAGAUACCUCCAUCAACGAGAUAGUGAUGUUCACCUUCAUUGGCUGUGUUGUUGGACUCAGCAUUGUCACUGUCCUCCUCUCCUACAGCUACAUCAUCAUGACUAUCUUUAGGAUGAACUCAGCUGAGGGCAGACGCAAAGCCUUCUCCACAUGCGCCUCUCACCUUACAGCUGUGGCCAUAUUUCAUGGCACACUCCUGUUCAUGUAUUUUCGACCCAGCUCGAGUUACUCAAUGGACACAGAUAAAAUGGCCUCUGUUUUCUACACAGUUGUUAUCCCCAUGUUGACCCCUCUGAUCUACAGCUUAAGAAAUAAGGAUGUAAAGGGUGCUCUGAGCAAAGCUAUCAACACUAACUUGUGUUCUGGGUGAAUUCAUGUUUCACACCCAGAAAACAUCAACAGAUUUUGAGAAUAAAACAUAAAUGCAUAGGUUCUUAUUGAUACAACUUUUGAAAUAUUUUCCAAUAGUUUCUAUUGUGACGAAAUUGAGAUUAAGUAGCUGUAAUUAUUGGUCUUCCUGUUUUAAGUGAAGAGCAAAAGAACAUCACUGAGGUGUUUGCAGAAAGGGUCCUUUAUGUCUCCCACCCUGUUGAUGUUUGAGCCAGAAAGAUGCCUUGCUAAUUCAACACACUCUCCUUAAGCUUUCAACUUCAAAUAUGGGUUUAGUGGACACAACUGACACACUGGAAGAAAAUUCAGAGAGUAAAACCCAGUCUUUGUUUUUUCCUUCCUCAGCAUUAAUGUGUUUCUAUAACUUUCCAUCAUAACACUUAGAAUAACUAAAUAGUAAAUAAAUACUUAAGAGUGAAAAAGAGGGAGCAUAUUAGACACAGUUUAUUAAGGCACUGUUCUUGUCUGGUUCCUUUCCCAUUAUUUUUGGUUCUGUUGUUUGGGAUCUUUGGCUCCAGAGAGCCAUUUGAAAACAGUUACUGAAUGAACCAAGCAGUGUCUCCUGCAAAAUAAAUGCUGCAAAAAGGAGUAUUUGUAAAUUUAAAGGUUCUCCCUUCCUCACUUUUCAUGAACUAUAUUGUUUUAGAGCAAAUCUCUCCACACCUCUUGCCUUCUGCUUAAAUUGAAGGAAAUUAUCAGCAAAAGAGGGCAUUUAAUGUACAGAACUUUUUACUUCACAUCCACACUUCUUCAGCCUGCCUCAAUUAGCAGUAAUAACCCCUGCACCAGAAACUCCAGCCUUUUUUUCCCCUUGAAGUCUGGGCAUAGGAGUGGACAUCCCUUUUUGCCCUCAGACUAGAGGACAGAUGUGGUGAUGCACAGCUGGAAGCCAGAGAUUUAAGACCAGGACCUUCUCCAAUGCAUCUGGAAAGGGAGUCUCCUUCUGUCUCAGUGGGUUCAUAGCAUUUUAUAAUAUAUUAUUGUUAGUUAAAAUUAUCACGAUGGUAAUGACCAAUUGGUACAGUUUAAGUUGUAAGGAAGAAGAAUUAAAUAUAGGCUCUCUGGGGGAAAAAAAAAAAAACAACGUAGCAUUUACGUUAUUAUUUCCUUUAAAUGAUUUAUAUUGAUUCUUUCUGUGUCUUUAAAAUAAACUCUAUUAUAAACAAUGUUAAUAAUUGUCAUUUAAGAGUGGUUGAAUAUCAGAAAAUACUAUAAAUAUUCUAAGAGUUAAAUUAAUUGGUAGCAAAUGUUGUUCUAAAUGUUAUCACCCAUUGGUUAAUCUGGUGAUUGAAAAUAUCACAGAAUGUCAAGCUUUGAAGAGUAUUUGUCUUAUUUCAGGUUGUUGUUAUAAAAGGAAGAUUGAGUUUAUGCAAGUUUUUCAUUCAAAUUCUCUUCCCUACUUUUAUACAUCAUUUUGCUUAUAAGAUGUGCUAAAACUAUUACUUUAAAAUUUAUAGGAGUGGACCAAUUUAUAAAAAAUAUGUAAUUUUCUCAGGAUGUAUGUCUAGUAUUACUGGCUGAAUAAUUUAAAAUAAACAAAAAAUAAUGUCCUAUCUUUUAAAUAUCUGCUUGUCUCUAUAAUCUCAGAUAGCACACUUAUUUUUUAUGGAAUAUAUUACUUAUCAGGAACUCUCAAUCGUUGCUCAGUUUCCCAACUCAAUGUAAUUUUUU